CUGCUAUUACGCUUCUCAAGCGCUUCCACGCCGUUGUGACGAUCACCACAGACACAAAUCUCUAGUUGAGGGCCCUUGUGUGUGUUUUAAUGCUUGAAAUGUGUCCGUUUUGAACCGAAAUAGUUUGCUUUUCAUCAGUUUAAGUGUUUCUGUCGACCUAGUCGAGGUUAGUGGCCAAGUUGGUACAGUCAAAAUGGCGCAUGGUUGCUUAUUCGACGCUGUACUAAUCCGUCUGUGAUUAUUAGCUGCCUAGAUUUCGGAUUCAAAUCCUCGAAUCGUGGAGCUCUUUGCUUGGAAGGGGGUCUCAUUAUCUCUUUGCCAGACACUGGCUGAGCACAAGGCGGUGUCAUGUCGGACUCGGAGGAGGACAGCCAGGACCGACAGCUUAAAAUUGUGGUCAUCGGCGACGGCGCUUGCGGGAAGACUUCACUCGCCACCAGGUUUGCUCAGGAGGCCUUUGGGAAGCAGUACAAACAAACCAUCGGCCUGGAUUUCUUUCUGAAGAGAAUAAGCCUUCCAGGCAAUUUGAACGUGACCCUGCAGGUGUGGGACAUUGGAGGCCAAACGUUAGGAGGGAAAAUGCUGGAUAAAUACGUGUACGGAGCUCACGGGGUUCUCCUUGUGUAUGACAUCACCAAUUACCAGAGCUUUGAGAAUCUAGAAGAUUGGUUCAGCAUGGCGAAAAAGGCCAAUGAGGAGUCCGACGUCCAGCCUGUUGUCUCCCUGGUCGGGAACAAAAUCGACCUGGAGCACAUGAGGACGGUGAAGUCCGACAAGCACCAGCGCUUUUGCCAAGAGAACGGCCUCAUCAGUCAGUUCGUGUCCGCCAAGACCGGGGACUCGGUGUAUCUUUGUUUCCAGAGGGUUGCGGCUGAGAUUCUCGGCGUAAAGUUGAACAAAGCUGAGAUAGAACAGUCCCAGCGUGUGGUCAAGGCGGACAUCGUAAACUACAGUCAAGAUAUGGUGGCCCGGACGGUCAACACCCCUCGCAGCUCCAUGUGUGCGGUGCAGUGAGUCCACGCAAAGCCACCACGAUGCCAUCUUGUCAGUCAGUCAGUCAGUCAGUAUUUUCCUCCCGGGCUGACGUGUCCAAACUGCGUCGUCCGUACUCGUCUGUCGUCCGUAUGGUUGAGAUGAAGAACCGAGGGCGUUCAUUUAGCGAAGAACCACCAUUCUGCCCCCAUUUAAUGUCUGUGAUUCAUCGUCCACCAAUCAGAACGUAAGUAAAUGGGCUUCGGCAUCCGUCGCUGCCUCGCAGCCGACAGCAGGAGUGCAUUCUCGGUUUGAAGAUUGAGGUGAAAACGAACGAGGUCUCGCCACAGUUUUCAGACAUUUCUGAAUGCGGUGCUAAAAUUAGUUAGCGCUUUGUUUUGUUUUUUUUUCUGCAGCACACUUAUGAGCACAAUUUGCAAACAAGAGACUUUUAAAUGGUGUAUUUCUUGGAUUCUAGUUAAAUGAGUUUCAGCUAUUGAAAGUAUUCCCUCUCGCCAUGUUUCUCUCUGUGCACUUCCCCCAAAAUUCAAUGAUGACACGGUCUUGAUAAAGCCUGAGAAAAGAUGUUUACAUGUAUGUAUUGUUCAUGAAGAGUGACACUUUAGUAGUUUGUUUCUAUGUGUAAAUGAAGACAUUGAAGCAAAUCAUCCAUCAAAAGCUGGACCAUACCCGUCAUGAAAUUAAAUGUGCACAUCUAGAUUCCCCCGAUGCGAUGUAAGUAAAAUGAUGACUCGCAUAUUUGCAGUUCAAACUGAUGAUUAUUUAGCUGCUUUUUGUUUUUAAAUAAAAGUUUCACGUUGAAAAUGACAA